AGAGGGGGAGGUGAAGACAGCCGGGCAAGCUGCAUCUCUGCCAGGCUGCUUCCCAUUCUCCUUGUUUUUUCUCAGCCAGAGCAGUUCGGCAAACCUGCUCCGGGUGCCCCCGAGCCCAUCUCGCACCGCCCAGGACAGUGGGGUGGCACCUUGGUGGCCAGGCACCUGGCCCUCCCUUAGCUCUGCUGGCACAGUCCCAGGACAGGACAUGUCAAGCUGCAACAACCCUGGGGGCCCCACUGCCCUGGACUUUCCGGAAGUCCUGAAGUCCCUACUGGAGUAUUCCUUGCCCUGGACCAACAAGAUGACAGAUAAAGAGAAGGAGAAAAUAAAGCUUGAAGAAGAUGAGGCAGCAGCUGCCAGCACUAUGGCAGUCUCAGCUUCCCUCAUGCCACCCAUUUGGGACAAAACUAUUCCUUAUGAUGGCGAGUCUUUCCACCUGGAGUACAUGGAUCUGGAUGAGUUCCUGCUGGAGAAUGGAAUUCCUUCCAGCCCUACUCACCUGGAUUUGAACCAGAAUCCACUCUUGCCCGUGGCUGAGCUGGAAGGGAAGGAAUCUGCCGGUGCUUCCACUGGUUCUCCUGCUUCAUCCUCUUCCACUGCAGUUUAUCAGCAAUCUGAAGCAGCCUCCAGCACAGAGUCCCCACCACAAAAUGAGAGAAAUACACCCAGCCCCAUUGAUCCUGACUGCGUAGAAGUUGAGGUGAAUUUUAACCCCGACCCUGCUGAUUUAGUGCUGUCCAGCGUGCCUGGUGGUGAGCUCUUCAAUCCUCGCAAACACAAGUUUACUGAAGAGGACCUGAAACCACAACCUAUGAUUAAAAAAGCCAAGAAGGUUUUUGUCCCAGAUGAGCAAAAGGAUGAAAAAUACUGGACAAGGCGAAAGAAGAACAACGUGGCAGCAAAGCGUUCCCGUGACGCUCGGCGAUUAAAGGAGAACCAGAUCACAAUUCGGGCGGCCUUUCUUGAGAAAGAAAACACAGCCCUGAGGACGGAGGUGGCAGAGCUGCGCAAGGAAGUGGGACGAUGCAAGAACAUUGUUUCUAAAUACGAGACCAGAUACGGACCCUUUGACUUAUCUGAUUCCGAGUGAUGCAACUUUAAAGACUUUUAAAAACAAAGAAACUAAAAAGCACACAUGAAUCGCCAGUCUUCAGAGUGAGCAGUGAAAUCUAUGAGGUGUCCCAACACAAACAACUGAUGAUGACCCUGCCUGCCUCCUUGCCUGCAAGUACCCCAUCUGACUACCCAGGGCUGGGCAUGAUGAAAAGUGCAAAGUCUCCUUAAUUCUGUAUAUGGCUUUCUUAUCUGUCUUUCUCACUGUAACUAUGAACUACAAUAAGCUUACCUACUGGGGUUUUGUCAAGACACUCAAAGUUCAUGUCUCAAAGUCUGUUGACAGCCUGUGUGAAUAGUGACUCUUCAUUUUGGCACUCGAGUGGAAGAAGACAGGGAGUUUUAAAUGAAAGUGUCUGUAUAUAUAAAGAACUGCUAUAUUUUAAGACUCUUUUCCCUGCAGUAUAAUGAAUUUUAUUUAAUACUGCGGCUCACUUCUGGUACAGUGUAGCGUAUUGUGGAGUACUGUGAGUGCAGAACUAAAGACAACGGGAAGACAGCAGCCCAUAAUGUGAGAGACUUCAGUGCAGAAGAUUACAGCAGAUGUACUGAAAUAAUCCAGAAAGCACCACAAUGUGCCAUACAGAGAGUAAUAAACCUCUAUCAAAUGACCCAUGUAAUAAACCACGUCGGUGGCUUUCCUGCUCCACAGCUACACUGCUGUAACCUGCCUUUUCCUUUAUUUCAUUUAUGAGGCUACCUUUCUUUUAUGGUAUCUUGCUGGAAAAGGAUCUGUUCUUCUGCUAACAACUUGGCAAUCAUGGAAAAGGUGCUAUUCAGAGCUGCUGAUCUCCAAAUCUUUUGGCAGUCUGAAACUACCGAAUGAGUAUUAGCUCCAGGAAAACAAUGGCUAUUAGUUGCCAUCUUACCAUUUUCUGUCUCUUGACUGCAGGACAACUGUGGUGCUGAAGGUGAAACACCAAUGAUAUCCCACAGUUACAAUGGGCAGCUUAAGAGUGAGGACCCUUGUGCUGGUGUGGGAGGGUAGAUGAGAGCUUGGAUGGAUUGUGGAGAUGUUUAUUGUGUUUAGAAGAUGGAGGAAGUAGGUGGAAGUUCCGUUGUAAGAAUUUCAUCAGCAUAACAAGAAUUUGCUCUUGUAUUAAGGGAGCUUGAGAGCUAAAUCUAUGUAGGGAGAACAAGAGUAGUUACUUUCUAGGAAAGGAGUACAGGGCCAUGCUUGUAGCCAAAAUGGAGCUUGUAAGACAGGAGUAUGUUCAUGCCUGGAGAUUGAUGAAUAGCAUACACCUCAAAAAAAAUAACCUUGAAAGCUUUCUGAAGCACAAGUGCCAAAAUUAUGAGGCAUGACUAGUUACCAGCAUAGCUCAGUGCUAUCAUAUUGAACAAUUAUUUUGACUUCAUGUUUACCCAACAGAUUCUACCCCUAAGUUCAGAGCAGAAAUACAAAGAGAAAAAUGUGAGAAGCAGCAGUUAAUAUUCUAAGCUUAAUUAAAAAAAAAAAAAAACAAACCAGGAUUCAUAACCAGUGUUUAACAGCAUAACCUUUGUACAGAGCUUAUAUAUUUAAUGUCGUUUUUGACCUGUCAUUUUUAAUGGAUGACGUACUGAAGUCAAGAAAGUGUUUUUAAUUUUUGCUGGUUACCAAAGUAUACCUAUGAGUGUAUUAUUAUAAUUUGGGAUUAUAAAGCUCUGAGAUAAUCUAUUUUUAUCAAAUAGACAAAUAUCUUAGUUCCAUGUUGCUGAUAUGGCAGCAUAUAUCUCUACCUAUAUUGAGUGUUGCUGACUUGGACUGAUAUUUUCUGGUAUGUACUGGUUUUUGCUUUAUUUUGGUGAUAAAGGCCUAAACCAUGAAUUAAGAAAAGCAAACCAGCAACAAAACAAACCAUGACAGCAUGUAAAUGUAGCAACUUUUUUCAUUUAUAAUUUCUAAAUUUUCAGUUAGCCCUGGCUGUUCUUAAACGUCAUGCUUCCUGUUUAAAUCAUAAAGCCAAAAGCUAAAUAACUGGUCAAAGAGUUGCUUCAUUUGGAUCCUACUAUGCUUAGGAAUAUCUUUUAAAUAACUUACAUAUUGUGUACAGGAUUUGGUUUUGCAGUAUGUCAUGACAUUUUAACAGCAAAAUAUUCAGUCAGUGAGAUUAGCAUGUGCAAUUCUAUUGUUUUAUCAUUGUUAUCUUAAAAGCUUACACAGUGGAAACUAACAGUGAAUGUUCAUUAGAUCUUUCUUUCAGAGAAGACUGUUAGCAAACAUUUGUGCUUCCCUGUAGGACAAUGCAGAUUUGCACAAUCUGUGAUUCAAGUGUCUACAGGUUGCAAAACUGGAAAAUUGCACUUUAGGGUGAGUGCAGCUCAACUUUUGUAGCUGGAGAAUUUGGUGGUGUUGUUAUUAAGAAGCAGUAUCUUUAAACAUAAAUGAGAAGGUAGUAACUAUUUAAAGGAGUGCAGAUAUAGCCAGACAGAAAAUACUGUGCAAUGCUGAAUUCCUUUCUCAGUUUUUGCAGUCUCAGGAAGUUAAAUUUAUUGCUCCAGAGCUUUCUGCUCCUCUUGGAAUGAUUUGCUAUAUCAUUUUGUUCCUUGGACUAGGAUGACAAUCCUAUCUGUAAGUGACAAUUUGGGUAUGUUUUCUUAGUGAUCAUAAGAAUACAAAUAUUCUUUUAGCUCAAUCUGAAUAUUAAAAGAUGCUGAAUUGACUCUGUUAGGCUUUGAAGUUCUAUAGCCUUGGAACAUACUCUGUGGAGGCCAUAAGUUUGCCUGAUGCCAGCCUAGCCCAUUCCACAAAGGGACCAUCUCCAAGGGGAGAGAAUAAAGGGCAUGUGCACCUUUCAGCAUCACUGCAGGGAUUGCUGGGAAAGAGCAGUUCAUGACAACUGUACUUUCAUUAGGAAGAAGAUUGACACCACAUGGCCAUUUCAUAGUACUAACUUUGAAAAUCUAUAAACUGUGGAUGAAAUUUGUGGACAAUGAGUGUUGUUUUACUCUAUAGAAGACAGCAGCUAUGAAUAAAUAAUGUGCAAUUUUUAAUACAGUAUUGCUUUCAUACAUGAUGAUCUAAUCUGCAUAUAGUGGGUUUGUGUCUAAAAAUUCCAAGAAGCUUAAAAUCUUUCACCUGUUGCCAAGAUCUGUUCCUACUGAAGCUAGUAACAAAGAUCUCAUUAACUCCCACAGGAAAAAGUCUUUACUCUUAACGUGGUUGUUGUGAAGUUUUAGCAAGUGCUGGAGUCCUGGGUGUCUCUGCUUUACUCUGAAGCAUUCUGUGCUGGGAUCAGGUGGAUACAUCUCAGAUUGCAGGUGUAGUGUUGCUGAACUGGUCCUGAUAGUUUUGAUAUUCAGAUAAUCUGAACUCUUUUUUUGGCCCUUCAUGGACAGAGUGAAAAGUAGUGUACUAUAAACUUGUGUUGGAGAAGGAAUGAUUUUGGGUUCUUUGGUUUUUUGCUAAGCAUCUUUUUGCAGUAACAUUUUAUGUCUUUUCUGACAAUUCUCCAUUUCCUUGCUGUGCUGUUUGAAAGCCCAAGGUAUUCUAACUAGAAAUCACUUUCAGCAUUAUCUGCAGGCCUGCUACUAAUUGUACCAAAUCAAUUUCAAGUUGGGAGAUGCAGUGGAAGCCCAGCAGCUUUGGGAAUACUGUUAUAAAACCACUGAUGUGGAAAUUUUUUUUUUUUUGGUAGAUGGCAAAAAUAAUGGACCUGCACAGAGGAGAAUAUUGCUGCUUCAGUAUUGUAAGCCAUCUGAGCAUAAAAGGACUUUGUUCCUUGUGAUCAGGUGCUUUCAUUUUUAGUGAGAGAGAAGGUAUCUCAGGCCUUUGUAAAAUCCAGACAGGCUUUUGUUCACCCUUCUAGUUUUAGCUGCUAAGCACAAGAUGAGAAAUGCAAAUUUUUCUUAGGGCAUAAAUCUCAUAUUUUUGGCAACAUACACCCAAAUCCAUAAAGAGCAAAAUCAUUUGUUAGUGCUAGUGUUGUGCCUUUGCAGCACUACAAGACUCAGACUGACUUUCUAGAUGUUCACAUAAUUACUCUGGUCUGUAUAUCUGCCAUUGUAACAUGGUGAAGAUAGAUAAACUCACAGUUGAAGACUGGGAGAAGGGCAGAAAGAAUAAGCUUAACUAAAUAUCUGUGGAGAUGCUAACAUAAUGCUAAUUGAGAAAUUACAGUGAUUUAACUCAUCAUAGUGCAAAUUGACAUACAGAUGUAAUUUGUUAGUUUGAUAGUCCACUAUCCCUCGCGAGUCACUUUUGGAAUGCAAGCUUCUUGAAGUUCAGACACCUACAGGGAAAAAGGAAUCCUUUGAGUAGAUACAUACAUAGACAGACAUAGAUACUUGGCAAGGAGAGCAAAGAAUGACAGAGGAAGAGGAGAGUAAUGCAAGAGUCUGACCUGAGUGAAAUUGCUGAAACUGACACCUCACUGUUUACAAUUUUAGGCCAAUUUGGAUCCCCUCAGUUUAGCAUCAUACUGAAGAUAAGUAAUUGUUUAGGUCUUGGGAAUCUCCUUGUCUUGGUCCUACUUCCACAGUCCAGAAAGCAGUGAAAGGAAUAUACAGAUAGGGAGAAGAGUUACUGCAGAAAGGCAUGAAAAUAUAGCUGUUGCUUCAACUAAGUGUGCUGUUGCGCUGGGACUUGACCUGCUAAUGUGACCUGGUCAGUGCUGUCUCAUGAGGAAACUACUACCUGAGGCCCCAAUCUUCUAAGGCCUCAAUUCUGCUGUCAUUUCUGCAUGGGAAGAGCCCUAUAUCUAUAGAGAACCAUGUGGACUUCACAGGAUCUGUUAUUGAAUGUGAAGCUCUGCCCAGGCAGGCAGCUGCAGAAUUGUGUCCUUAGCACACUGUCCAGUUGUAGUUAUAGGGCUGUUGAUACUAAGUGUAAUCUGGGUGCCUGUUAUAUAGCCAAAACCCUUGUUACUUCAUUUUCCUAACUAAGGCAUGAGCAGAAGCCCUUCGCUGUACAACAUCUGUAAAAAACUUUAAAAUGUACUUCACAUACGUCUAGUAAAUUAAGGCAUGUGAUUUUGGUCUGUGGGUCUCAACAAACCUUGCUCGUGUCCCUGCCUGAAUGUUUUCCUAGAUCUGCAGCUACGUUUCAGUGAGAAGGGAUGGUGGGAUUUGUUUUCUUGAGGGGGCACAGUAGCACCUCUCACCUGUCACGCUGGGGUGAGCGCUCGCUGCUGGCCAGGAUCAGGGAUGGAUGCAUCCUCCGCACUAUGAUGUGAAGUUGUCUGAAAUAUGGUGAUUAACAUAAUUAUUGGAAUACUGUAUUUUGUAUAACUUAGAACAUGUAAAUACACUUUUAAAACUAAUCUGUUCUAUGAAGUAAUAAAUAAGUGCUUCCAUUGUAAUAUCUGAAUAUUGUUAAUGCUUCAUGUAGCUUGAUUUGGGAUUAUUUCUUUCCUAGAGAACUACAGAAAUCAAAACAAAGAUUGAUGUUGUGGAAUUCUAGUCUAGUUGUGAUGCUUUUUAUCAACAAAAAAUGUUUUAAAAAUAAUAAUGAGCUACUUAAGCAGAGAAACUAAGAUUUUGAGGGAACUGAUUCUCUUCCAGUCUUUCUUUAACAGUAGUCACUGAUUACAUUCAUAAUUGUACUCUUCCCAUCCUGUUAGCUGGACAGUUGAUUUGUUUGUGAGUAGCAUUUGGAAAGUAGCAAUAUUAAAUUAUUUUUAAACUUUAGUGACUGAGGAAAACUAAAGCUGGGGGUUUUUGUUGGGUGUGGUUUUUUUAACUAUUCUCUCUUUUGGCUCAAACAGAUCUGUCUCCACUUUUCAGCCAGACUGCAGCAAGUUGCAGUGCAACAGUGAGUGACUGUUACUGAAGCUCAUUUGUGACCUAGAUAGUCUACAUCUUUGUUAGUUCCAUUAUGUCCAUAGAUUACACAGGUUUCCUGUUGUGGUGUGGAGAGAGAGAGAGAAAGUGAUUAAUGACUUGUGGUUUUGCUGAGUACAUGUUCACUGGAUGCUGCACAGCUGGACCUUUCAUCAACUUUCAUGACCUUUUCUAUCUUGUGUUAAAAGGAAAAAAAAAUAGAAAACAGUGGAGUAAGAAUCAUAAGUAGUCUGCUAGGAAAUCUGAACGCUUGGGUUUUGAGGAGGAGGUGAGAUUAAUCCAUCAGCCUUCACGUAAAGAGAUUAGCCUGUGAUGACACUUUCUCCAGCCAUAUGUAACUUUGUCUUUAAUGCUGUACUGGAGCAGUCUCCUCUCCAGUAACAGCUGUGUCUGCAGCGUUCCAUAAAUGACAAAGCCACAACUUUUAUAGUGGGCAGAGACAACAGCAUCUCUUUUUAUUUUCUUCUGUUUUCUUUCCUCCUCUCUCAGUGUCUCUAGGCUGUAAAAUAGCAAUGAAACAGCUAAGCAAAUGUGCAAGUUAUUCUGAAAACUCUGUUCUUGUUAAGCUUUUUCAGACACAUACAGUUUUUAACUGAAUAAUUUGAGGGAACUCCUAUCUGCUAUAUUUGGCUUGAAAUUCUGUUGCCUCUUGGAUAAAAGUAUUUUUUUGUCUUCAGAUGUGACACUGAUCUGUCCCAUUCACUCAGUGGGAUGGAUGAUAAAUCUGCACAGUAUUUAUAUAAGAUAUAAAUCUGAUCUUAGUUUACUGUGUGUUAAGUUGUUUAAUCUCUUGGAUGUCUACUCCUUGAGGUUGUCUAUAUAAUUCCUGUAUAUGUAGCUGCUUUUUGAAGCAGUCCAUCAAGAGCAUUUGAGAUCAUCCUGACUGAAAAAUUCCAUAGAAGUGAAAGUGAUAAUAAAGCUUGUAAAGCAGCUGGGUAAAACUGUAUUGCCAUGAAUGGUUUUAAUUUAUAUAUGAAUCUUCUGUCCCAAACUGCUUAUUUUGUACAUAAACCUAAACACUCCUGGCAGCUGAUGGGUGAAAAUAAAGGUGCUUAAACAGCAAUCUAAUGAGGAAAGGGCAUUUCACUAUUACAGAGUUGGUAUUAUUUUAUAUUUCCAUUUAUUACACUUUUUUAAAUGUAUAAACCACAGAUUUGAAUUCUCAAAGUCUUCAGCUUGGAUUUUGUGAGUAGUUUAAAUCCUCUCACCUCUCUGCUCGUAACUGGUUUUUAAGAAAAAGAAAAGCUUUUGUUUAAAAUGUAAAAUUUUGACUGUAUUAAAUUCUGUUAGUACCCUUCCUUUUUAAGAAAUAAAAUGUAUAUUCCACUA